CGCUGUAGGCGCUGCGGCGGCGCUCUGAGCGCGACGCGCGGCUGCCUCUGUGGUACCAUCGGUGGGGGAGCUGCUUCCGCUUCCGCUGCCCUUGUUGCCGGCGGGAGGUGACGGGACCAACAGCCGCGAUGUGGCGGAACCUGCUGGGUCUUCGCCAAAUUUCCCAGAGGACCAUAAGCACUGCUUCACGCAGGCAGUUUGAAAAUAGAGUUCCUGAGAAGCAGAAGCUUUUUCAGGAGGAUAAUGGCAUCCCGGUGCAUCUUAAAGGUGGUGUGAUGGAUGCUCUCUUGUAUAGAGUCACCAUGGGUCUUACAGUUGUUGGAACAGCCUAUGUUGUUUAUGAGCUGCUCGCCAUUUCAAUGCCCAAGAAGCAGAAAUGAUUCCAGUUCAAGAUAUCUCAGUGACUAGCAUCUCUUCGUCCAAUUCCAUGUGACUAUGAUGGCAGCUUAUACUUCCUAUAAGCAGCUGGCUUAAUGCUUGGAAUCAUAAUUUAAUUGUAACAUGUUAACUGCAAUCAAUAAAGCAGUUUUUACGUUGCA